AUGCUGUCCAACUUCACUCGUCUCACUGGAAAUGAGUCCACAAUUGACUGGUCCGGCACAAUUAUAUGGGAGAAUGGCGAUGAAUAUAUUUCGAUACAUUGCUAUUUGAUCGGUGAAGACGGUGCAUGUGAUUCGUGGAGGGUGUACGUGUGGUCCGAUGAAGAUCACAUGGAUCAGCCGACAAUCCACGAAAUCUACAGACAACUGCAAGCGUUCUGUAUCGAUCCAACAGAUUUGAUAUUUUUGAACACUUUUCGUAAGUUCAUCUUGAGCAGCUUCACCCUGCUCUCAUGCCCUUGGGUUUUUUCCGGA